AUGAAGAUAGUGGUGGAGGACUUUUCUUUCUAUAAGGAGAACAUAGCCGGUAUCACCAGAGCAACUUAUUAAGGUCCAGUGAUGGGCAAGAGACAAUAGACGACAGUUAGAGCACUGGCUGCCAAGGGAUAUGGCCAAUGGCCCAAGCACCAUCCAAGAGCUGAUCUGGAUAUAGUGGAGGGAUGUAAGAACACUCCCACCUAGCAUGAACAGAAACUCAAUAACCCUUAAUCAAUCUUUGUUUGCAGGAUUGACCUACAGUUACUAUCCUGCUCCUGCAUCGGCACAAAUAGGCAUUCGAGUACAGGGUCCAAAAUCAGCAUCUUCAAGAUCCUAGGCAAGAGAAUGUCCCAGUGCGAAUCUCUGCAACGGGAAUCCCAUAGAUUUCAUAAUUGUCAUCAAUCCUCCCUCUUGUCACAGUUGAAAGGGAAUGAAACAUCUUACAAGUUCCAGAGACAAAGGAAUUCGGCAGCUGUCAUUCCUAAGACGCAUUUUCUGCCAAAAAGGUCAAGAUUUGAAUCUAUCUUGUACCGAUUAAAAACAGUCGGACUAGUGCCAAAUUUUCAGAAUAAAGAUAAAUACUUUUCCGCCUCCAUAGAGGUACAAGCACAAAUUAGGAUACAUGAUACUCAUGGAAUAGUCUUCCACACCUCCAUCAUGAAGACCAUCGCCACUCAACGCCUUGACUCCCUGUCAAGAACCCAGCCAGAACACUAUCCUGGAUGAAUCUAAGAUUUGGUACCUAUGUCUUCUAUAAGCAAAAUAUGAUGUAGCACAUUAAUCACGUUUUGUUUUCAUUAGCAUAUAUUGGUGCACCUUAUGCACUAUCUGAGGUGAAAGUACCACCUUUUACCAAAAUAAAACACGGUCGUAGGAUAUUCUAAUUUUGUCCCAAAUAGGUAUCUUCGCUAUCUUCAAAUUUGCCAAAUUUGUGUCGACCACUGAACAUGUAAUGCCAACCUCAUUUAUGGCCUCUUAUGUACAUGCAACACAAUCUUACUGAAAGAAAUGUGUUCCUCAAAAGAAUCCAGAAAAUCGUGCCAGCUUCGGGAUUAAAAUUACACAUAUAUCGACUUUGACAUUCCGGGGAGUUUUGCCUCCAAAGCAUAUGACACCCAAGAAAAUCUGUCGUGAUAACAGCCAUUUUAAGGAGCUGUCUGUACCAUCUUGGCCAAUAUAUGUUUCAAUUGUGGUCUACACCACUUUGGUGUAGAUCAUUGCUGGUUUAAAGGGGUUUUGGAGAUAUAAUUAUCCACAUAACUAUAUCUCUUUCUGCUCGUUUCUUUGUUAUUGA